AUGGCUAUAAACCUUCCUCCUCAGGAUUUCCCUAUGCCCAAUCUCAACCUUCCGCUGGUUGAUAGCGUGAAUGACCUGAAGAAUCCGAUUUUGGAAACUCCAGCGCCAAGGGAGCUAUUAGAGAAAAAGUAUCUCAGUCCUGGGGCUACCCUGGUCGAAAACGGAGUCCAGAUUGACGGGUACGCGGGAGACGUCCCUGAUGAGAACAUUCAGCCCAAAUUGAAAAGAAGAAAGAAAAGAACCGGGCAUGAGACAUGA